AUGUCUUUUUCGGACCAACGGGACGAAAUUAACCAGGACGAUCCUGAACAAAUAGAUUCAACAUCCAAACGGCAACAUACUCUGACAGAAAGAGGCCAGUCAUUUUUCAGGGAAAGCUUGGAUCAUAAUUUGAAUAAACUGACCAAAAUUGCUAGGGAAAUUGACAGUAUUAUUGAAUGUGUGGUCCCAACAUCCCAUGAUGCCAUUGCUGAUUUACACUCACGCUUAACCGAAACAUAUAAUCGCUACGAUAAACUUUGUGUUGAAUUGUUGAACUUCCUGGUCAAGUACAAUACCCCUGAAAGUGCCAACGAACAGGCAAGCCUUGCAUCUCUGAAAGAGGUCUACGUGAAUAAAGUUUCGAAAUUCAAAAAACAGCUUGAAUACACGACAGCUGAACUUUGUGACCAACAUUCAUCUGAGAAACUAACACCAUCCCUUGUAAGUUCUAGAAGGUCAUCUAAGUCAAGUUCUAAAAGAUCUUCAGCAUCGACGGUAUUAGGUCGCCAACGAGCCAAACUGGAUGGGGCUAAAGCUAGAUUACGUUUCGCGCAGAAAGAAGCUGCUAUGAAGCAAGAAGCUGCUCUACUCUCCAUCAAGAUGGAACUACUGGAAGUAGAAAAGGAGGCUGCAGUCGCGAGUGCAGAGUAUGCCGGUAUGAAGGAAGAGUUGUAUGAUGACCGAAAAAGUAGCUCGGAUAACGUCAACAGAAGCGACAGUAUGAAUCGGUAUUUUGAUUCCAUGAAUCCAGACACUACAGGUAAUAUACAGGUCAAUACCCAACCUGACCAUUCGAUCCACACUGCUCGUCCACAACCCGCGGAUAUUGGUAAACCUAUCGUGUCGACAAUGAAUGUACUGACAGCGAUACAGCAACCUAGUCAUUCCAUCUCAUCCCCUAUUCCUACUGCAUUUGACCAGAACAAAGCCCCUAUGGGUGAGGAACAUGUACAUCAAACUGUUGAGUUCGAACCUGGUGUUCAAUAUUCUAGUAACACGAUAAAUCCUGCACCUAUCCCUCAGACUGUGGUUACUACUGCCCCGUGUUCUGUUAUGGUAACUAAUCCUACCAGCUUGAUAUCGAGUUUAUUACGUACCAGCAUGCCUGCUGCUCCAUUACCCAGUUGUAGCACUCAAGUACCUCCUCAGGUCACUAACAUACCCCCCGAUGUAUCCAGUGCACUUAAUGUUCAUGGGAGAGAUCCAAUUGCCAACGAAAUGAAUGCAUUUUCCAAUUAUCUGAUGAAGCGUGAAAUGCUACCUCUGCGGCUGAUAGAAUUCGACGAUAAGCCCGAGACGUAUCAAUCCUGGAAGAUCAGUUUCGACAUCCUCAAGGCAGAACUGAGAACAAAUCCUAGGGAGGAACUAGAUUUGCUGUUGAAAUAUCUGGGACCCAAAUCUAAACAGCAUGCGAUUAGUAUAAGGUCUGCGAAUGCCAAUUGUCCUACACGUGCCGUUGAGAUGGUUUGGAAACGUUUAGAUGAGCGAUAUGGAAGUCCUGUGCUUCUAGAGACAUCCUUGAAGGCCCGCAUAGAUGCAUUCCCCCAACUGACACCCAAAGACAAUGCUCGAUUGUAUGAUUUGGCUGAUCUACUUUCCGAAAUACUGUCCAGGAUGAAGGAUCCCGUGUACAGUCGUUCACUGAGCUUUUUCGAUUCAUCUACAGGUAUGCGACCUAUCAUAUCUAAGCUCCCCUUCAAUCUACAGGAGAAGUGGACUUCUCGUGCCUCGAGCUACAACGCGUCUAAUCAAGUGACUUAUCCGCCGUUCGCGUUCUUGGUAGAAUUUAUCAAUGAGAUGAGUCGCGUACGGAACGACCCCGGGUUUACUUAUCAACAAACCAGUCAACGUACCUCUAGCGCUCCUAACCGCAACAACGUUAACUCCACGGAUGUACAAAAACGAGAGCCGCCAUACCGCAAAGACAAUGUACGAGUCAAGAAGACUGCCAUUGACGCGAAUGUUGAGUCUAACCAUGACUAUAAUAACCGUUGUAUGCUGCACGAUGCAAGACACAACCUCAACCAGUGCAAAUCCUUCCAGAAGUUAACCCUUAACGAGAGGAGAAAACUGUUGAAGGAUUACGGAUUUUGCUUCAAGUGUUGUUUGUCGACGGACCACAAUUACAGAACUUGCGAAGCCAUAGUUAAGUGCGACACUUGUGGGAACACUUAUCACGCCACUGCAAUGCACAUAGAUGCCAAUUCUUCCCAACAUAAGGCAACUAUUCAAGAUAGGAAAUCUUCGGCCCCUGGACAAAACCAUGGCGGGGAGGAAUCCUUGGUAACCAAAUGUACAUCUGUAUGUGGUCAAAACUUCAAUGGGCGUUCAUGUGCGAAAGCGUGUCUGGUAAACGUAUAUCCAGUGGGGAAGCCUCAUAUUCGUAUCCGAUUGUAUGCUCUGCUCGACGAUCAGAGUACCUCAACUUUAGCGAGAGCGGAGUUCUUCGAUAGGAUGAACAUACCCAUGUCGACAAUGACAACUUAUACUCUCACCUCUUGCGCAGGACAGACAACUAUGAGUGGUAGGCAAGCGAAGGGAUUUGUCAUUGAGUCAGCUGAUGGUACUUCUAAACUGGAUCUGCCAAUUAUCACAGAAUGUAGCGCGAUCCCAGAUGAGAGAAGCGAGAUUCCUACGCCAGAAAUUACUCGAUACCACAAUCAUCUUAGAGAUGUUCCGAUUCCUCCUUACGAUCCGGAUGCCCCCAUCCUUCUGCUGAUUGGUCGAGACCUGCCAGAGGCGCAUCACACAGAAGAUCAACGUACAGGUCCUAAAGGUACACCGUUUGCUCAGAAGCUUGCACUUGGAUGGGUCCUUGUUGGUAAUGUGUGCCUGGGUAACGUUCAUCCUCCAGAUAGGCUGAGUGUUUUGAAGACUUCCGUCACCAAAGAUGGCCGAGUGAGUACCUUCACAGAAUGCGACCUCUCCUUGAAAAUGGAUGACAGCAAUCUUUUCGUUCGGGAUUGUAAUGAUAAUAACAUUGGACCAUCUAUCGAGGACGAACAAUUCAUACAUCUCAUGGAUAAAGAGUUCAAGAAAACUUCUUCAGGCAAUUGGACAGCUCCUCUUCCUUUCAGGGAACCUAGGCCUGUACUUCCCAACAACAGACAAGUGGCAUUGAAACGAGCACUCAUGUUACAAUCCAGUCUUCGGAAAAACCCUGUAAAACGCGAGCAUUUCGUCAAGUUCAUGGAACGAAUCCUGACUUCCGGUCAUGCAGAGGUCGUACCACCAGUAGCAGAUGACUCUGAAGUAUGGUAUCUCCCUCUGUUCGGAGUCUACCACCCGAAGAAAGUUGACCAGAUACGUGUUGUAUUUGAUUCUUCUUGCAAGUAUGAAGGUAUAUCCCUCAACAAUGUCUUGAUGCAAGGCCCUGACUUGAUGAAUCGACUUGAUGGUGUUCUGCUCAGGUUCAGGAAAGAGACAGUUGCUGUAGUAGCAGAUAUACAACAGAUGUUCUUCGGAUUUUAUGUUGACGAAUGCCACCGGGAUUGCCUCAGAUUUUUCUGGCACGCCGACAACGACGUUGAUCAACCUCUGAUAGAGUACAGAAUGUGUGUACAUGUUUUUGGCAACAGUCCUUCGCCGGCUGUUGCCACCUAUGGUCUACGGAGAUGUGUUGAAGAUUGUGGCAAUCCUUGUGACGUGGACUUGCAGGAGUUCGUGUCUCGCAAUUUUUACGUUGAUGACGGUUUAAUGUCCUUUCCCACAGUAACCGAGGCGGUCGACGUUCUUAAGAGAGCUCAGAGAGCACUGUUGGAAGGCGGGAACCUGAAACUCCACAAAAUUGCAUCCAGUAGUGAAGAGGUGAUGUCACAGUUUCCUGCUGCUGAUUUGGCUAAGACAUUAGAGCCACUAGACUUGACACAUGAUGAACUGCCACUCCAUCAUAGCCUGGGUAUGGCAUGGGAACUAUCCACAGAUACCUUUACUUACCACACAUCUGAAAACCAGAAACCGUUCACAAAGCGAGGUCUUCUUUCAACGGUGAAUGGGAUUUUCGAUCCAUUGGGCUUCUUGGCGCCGAUUAUCAUCAAGGGCAAGAUUAUUAUGCGUGAUGCUGUGAAUGAAGCAAAUGGCUGGGACGAUCCCUUAUUGCCUCACACUGAAAAGGCUUGGAGGUCUUGGACUGAACAGCUGAGCAAGCUUUGUGAUAUACAUAUCCCUAGAUGUUUCCUGACUGUGUCUUUCUCGAAGUGUGUUACAAGAACUUUGCAUAUCUUCUCUGACGCAUCUGAGUUAGCAGUAGCUGCAUGUGCAUUCCUCAGAGGUGUCAACGAGGAUGGAGAGGUCUUCACUGGAUUUGUCUUCGGGAAGUCGAAGGUUGCGCCGAAGCACGGCCACACAAUACCACGCCUCGAGUUAUGUGCUGCAGUUUUGGCUACCGAAAUCGGCGAGAUGCUUUCGGAACAGUUGGACAUUCCCCUCGAUCACCUGCGUUAUUAUACCGACAGCCGAAUAGUGCUUGGAUAUCUUUCAAAUGAACGUAGGAGAUUCUAUGUUUACGUUUCCAACAGAGUCGCUAGAAUAAGGAAAAUUUCCUCACCUACACAGUGGCAGUAUGUCCCUACAGAGGAGAAUCCAGCCGAUGAGGGGACACGUGGUUUCUCCCCAGAGCAGUUUGCUGACAGUCUAUGGUUUAAUGGACCAUCCUUCCUUCGCAAUCACAUCAGCCCUGAUCUUGAUGUCGAAUAUUCUUUGGUGGAGCCAGAAUCGGACAAAGAAGUACGACCUGAUGUUCACUCGUGGAAGACUAACAUACGUACUACACUUGGAACAUCUAGAUUCAAUCGUUUCUCCAGUUGGAACAGCCUUGUGCGUGCUAUCCGUACUAUACGAGUUCGGUUAAGGAGUCGUUUCAAUAUCCAGAAUGAUCUUACCAGACGCGAGGUUGAGCUUUUCGUCAUCAAAGAGCUCCAGAUGACCUACUUCAGUAAAGAAAUUCAAGCGCUUCGUUCUUCCAAGUCUUUGCCUAAGGAUAGCUCUGUGCUUUGCUUGAAUCCUCACCUUGAUGAGAAGGGACUGCUGCGGGUUGGUGGACGCAUUAACCGAGGUGACUUUCAUGAGACCGAGAAAAAUCCCAUCUUGAUACCAGGUCGCAGUCAUAUUGCCAAGCUCCUUGUGCAACAUCACCACUUGCAGGUACAACAUCAAGGACGCCACAUGACCGAAGGUGCAAUUCGUAAUGCUGGACUUUGGGUAACCGGAGCAAAACGUCUGAUUGCUUCCACGAUACAUCACUGUGUGACAUGUCGCAGACUACGAGGGAAGUUUUCCUCUCAGAAAAUGUCGGAUCUGCCUGUAGAUCGCCUGACUCCUUCACCGCCAUUCACACUGGUUGGUGUUGAUGUAUUCGGUCCUUGGAACAUCAUCACUCGACGUACAAGAGGCGGAAACGCAAGUUCGAAACGAUGGGCAGUCCUCUUUACCUGUUUGUACAGCCGAGCAGUCCACAUUGAGAUCAUCCCAGAGAUGACGUCAUCAUCAUUUAUCAACGCCAUGCGGAGGUUCAUUGCCGUCCGAGGUGAAGUUUCGGAGUUCCGCUCAGAUUGCGGUAGUAAUUUUGUAGGAGCGGUCAAUGAACUUGGAAUUCACUCUAUCAACGUGGGAGAUCCUCAAGUGAAAACUUACCUGGACACCAACAACAUGAUCUGGAGAUUUAAUCCUCCCCAUGCAUCUCAUUUCGGCGGAGUAUGGGAGAGAAUGAUAGGAAUAGCCCGACGCAUUCUCGACGCGAUGCUUCUUGACGUCAAACAUGGACAGCUGACAGAUGAAGUGCUAGCGACUUUCAUGGCCGAGGUUGCUGCUAUAAUGAAUUCUAGACCUUUGGUUGCUGUUUCUUCGGAUUGCGAGAUGCCUCAUUUGCUGUCGCCAGGAAAGUUACUAACUCAGAAGACCAGUGACGACAUAAUCGUCCCGCAGGACUUAAGUAUCAAGGAUAUGUACCGCUCGCAGUGGCGAAUGGUCCAGGUCAUGGCGAACACCUUUUGGAAACGCUGGAAAUCGGAAUUUCUGUUUGCUCGACAAGCUCGUUCUAAGUGGAACUUAGAGACUGUUAAUCAUAAAGUAGGUGAUGUUGUGUUUCUCCGGGACAAGGAAUGUCCCCGUCUUUCGUGGCCGACUGGUCUUGUUACCAAGAUCUUUCCGAGUGAUGACGGACUAGUGCGUAAACUAGAGAUCCGGGUUGUGAAAGACGGAAAACCUAGUGUUUUCAUUCGACCCAUUUCGGAAGUGAUUCCGCUGCUUGAUUCCUGUGAAUAA